GCGAAAUGUGCGAUCAGUCGUAACUGAGGCGCUGCCAGUGAGUAGUCCUCUACGAUAAAAUUGGAUUUCGGAAUUUACGCGUUUUGAAAAUAGUUUUUAUUCGGUUGCAAUAAAGUGCAGUUUGGCAUCAUGGCGAAAUUAUUGAGCAGAGAACUGCCGGACAUCGAGAACCUGCUGCGACUCAACCCUACGGUAAAACCGUACACCAACCUCGUGCCUUCCGCGCAGACCAAGAAGAACAAGCAACACUGGAAGAGAAAUGCCGACCGGAAAUGCACCACCUGUCCGACCCUGGAAAAGAACUUCGACGACAUCAAGCACACGACGCUGUCGGAACGGGGUGCGCUGAAGGAAGCCGCCCGCUGCCUUAAGUGCGCCGAUGCACCUUGUCAGAAGAGCUGUCCUACACAGAUAGACGUCAAGAGCUUUAUCUCCAGCAUUGCUACUAAGAACUACUAUGGCGCCGCUAAAGCCAUCCUGUCGGAUAACCCGCUCGGUCUUACUUGCGGGAUGGUGUGCCCCACCAGCGACUUGUGCGUGGGCGGUUGCAACCUCCACGCGAGCGAGGAGGGCGCCAUCAAUAUCGGAGGGCUGCAGCACUUUGCUGUCGAUAUCUUCAUGAAGAUGGGCAUCCUGCAAACCCUGGACCCGAACACCAAGCUGCUGCCCCGCGGCGGCGACCAAAAGAUCGCACUCGUCGGAGGUGGCCCGGCCAGCAUCAGCUGCGCCUGCUUUCUGGCGAGGCUGGGCUAUAAGAACCUCACAGUUUACGAGAAGGAGGCGUAUUUGGGUGGUCUGAGUUCUGCUGAAAUCCCGCAAUACCGUCUUGGCUAUGAUGUGGUUCAGUUCGAAGUGGAUCUGGUGAAGAGCCUCGGAGUCAAGUUCGAGACCGGCAGAAAGCUUUCUACCAACGACAUCACAGUCGAGGGUCUCCUCAAAGACGGCCACAAGGCCGUGUUCCUUGGCAUCGGGCUGCCGGAGCCGACCACCGUGCCCAUCUUCAAGGGCCUCACUCCCGAUAUGGGCUUUUACACUAGCAAAAGCUUUUUGCCUCUUGUGUCUAAAGGCAGCAAGAAAGGAAUGUGCGCCUGCAAGUCCGCUUUGCCCGAGCUGCACGGGAACGUGAUAGUUCUCGGCGCCGGCGACACGGCCUUCGACUGCGCCACGUCGGCGCUGCGCUGCGGCGCGCGUCGCGUCUAUGUGGUGUUCAGGAAAGGAUUUGGGAACAUUCGUGCCGUUCCAGAGGAGGUUGACUUGGCUAAAGAAGAGAAAUGCGAAUUCGUCCCAUUCAUGUCACCACAAGAAGUUAUCGUCAAGGACGGGAAGGUGGCUGGUCUAAAAUUCUGUCGCACCGAGCAACUAGAUAAUGGCGAUUGGAUCGAGGAUCACGAGCAAGUUCUGCAGCUGAAGGCCAGCUUCAUUAUUUCAGCCUUCGGCUCCGGAUUGUAUGAUAGUAAUGUAAAAGAAGCCAUGUCCGGCGUCAAGCUGAACCGAUGGGGUCUUCCAGAAGUGAACAGCUCGACCAUGCAGAGCGUCAGCAACCCUCAUGUGUUCGUGGGUGGAGAUUUGGCUGGUGUGGCUGAGACCACAGUGGAGUCGGUGAACGACGGCAAGACUGCGGCGUGGUACAUACACUGCUAUCUCCAGGGCAUUCCAUUCGACUCCCCAGUGGAGCUGCCUAAAUUCCACUGCCCCAUCGAUGAUGUGGACCUAUCAGUGGAAGUCUGCGGCAUCAAGUUCCCUAACCCCUUCGGGUUGGCCAGCGCACCCCCCACCACCAGCUCAGCCAUGAUACGGCGCGCCUUCCAACAGGGCUGGGGCUUCGUGGUAACCAAGACCUUCGGGUUGGAUAAGGAUCUAGUAACCAACGUGUCACCCAGAAUCGUGCGAGGAGUAACAUCAGGCGAGAACUACGGCCCAGGACAAGGCUGCUUCCUUAACAUAGAGCUGAUCUCCGAGAAGUGUGAAGCCUACUGGUGCCAGAGCAUCCGCGAGCUGAAGCGGGAUUUUCCCGAUAAAGUGAUCAUCGCAUCGAUAAUGUGUUCGUACAACGAAGCAGACUGGACGGAGCUGGCUCAGAAGGCCGAGGCAGCAGGGUCUGAUGCACUGGAACUUAAUCUUUCAUGCCCGCACGGUAUGGGCGAAUCCGGCAUGGGGCUUGCUUGCGGACAGGACCCGGUCCUAGUGAAGGGCAUAUCGCAAUGGGUGAAGAAAGCCGUCAAGAUCCCGGUGUUCAUCAAACUGACGCCGAACAUAACGGACAUCGUUAGCAUAGCCAUGGCGGCGUAUGAAGGUGGCGCUGAUGGCGUGUCUGCAAUCAACACAGUGUCUGGCCUCAUGUCUGUGAAGGCCGACGCCACUCCUUGGCCGGCAGUCGGACGCGAGAAGCACACAACAUACGGCGGCGUAUCCGGCAACGCCACACGCCCUAUGGGUCUGCGCGCCGUGUCGGCCAUCGGCAACAAGCUGCCCGGGUUCCCUAUCCUCGGCAUCGGUGGCAUCGACUCCGCGGAUUCAGCGCUACAGUUCAUGUUGUGCGGCGCGCCUGUUGUGCAGAUCUGCAGCGCUGUCCAGAACCAAGACUUCACCGUGGUGGAAGACUACAUCACAGGGCUGAAGGCGCUCCUGUACCUGCGCUCCAAGGGGCUCCCGGGCUGGACCGGCCAGUCGCCGCCUACAUUCAAACACCAGAAGGGCAAGCCUGUGCAGACCUUGUAUGACGAGAAUGGGAAGGUUCUAGCCCACUUCGGCCCCUACAACAAGAAGCGCGAAGACCAGCUGCACAAGAUCAGGCUAAACUCAAACUUAUUAGCCGACAACAAGGUCGACAGUUACUUGGUAAACGGCACUUCCAACGGCCGCUGCCCGGUGCCCAGUAUACGGGAUGUGGUGGGCGAGGCGCUACCUAGAAUCGGGACUUAUAAACAGCUGGAUAACACGAAGCAGGUCGUCGCGUUGAUAGACGAUGAUAUGUGCAUAAACUGCGGAAAAUGCUACAUGGCGUGCGCAGAUUCGGGAUAUCAGGCAAUUGAAUUCGACCCGCAGACUCACAUUCCGCACGUGACGGAGGAUUGCACUGGAUGCACGCUGUGUUUGUCCGUGUGCCCGAUCAUCGACUGCAUAUCGAUGGUGCCAAAGACAAUUCCACACGUUAUCAAGAGAGGUCUCCAUAAACAAGUGCAUCCGGUACAUCCUUUGGAUGGAGUGUGUCAAUAAAAAGAAUAUAUGUAUAGAUGCUAAGUAAAAUAUGCAA